AUGACAAGGCAGCAGGCACCUUCCCUCGAGGCCAUCGCCGCCAGCCCCUCCGGCGUCAUCAACGACGACCAGCAGGAAGACUCGCGCUCCUCCUCCUCCACCAGCUCCCCCGCCCCGGCCGAGUAUGAGGAAUCCGACUUCUUCCUCGGCGCCAACGACUCCCAGUCCUCCCUCGGCGUCCCCAAUCUCCAAGACAUGCAGGUCAACGACGACGAGUGCCUGCCGCCCAUCCAGCGCCUGCCCAACGAGAUCCUCAUCAGCAUCUUCGCCAAGCUCACCACCUCUGCCGACCAGCUUCACUGCAUGCUGACCUGCAAGCGCUGGGCCAGGAACUCCGUCGACCUCCUGUGGCAUCGCCCCGCCUGCACCUCGUGGCACAAGCACUCCUCCAUCUGCCAGACCCUCGGCCUCGACCAGCCCUACUUCGCCUACAGGGACUUCAUCAAGCGCCUCAACCUCGCCGCCCUCGCCGACAAGGUCAACGACGGGAGCGUCAUGCCCCUCGCCGUCUGCACCCGCGUCGAGAGGCUGACCCUGACAAACUGCAAGGGCCUGACCGACACCGGCCUCAUCGCCCUCGUCCAGAACAGCGGCCACCUCCUCGCCCUCGAUAUAUCCGGCGACGAGCAGAUCACCGAGUCCUCCAUAUUCGCCAUCGCAGAAAACUGCAGGAGGCUUCAGGGCCUCAACGUCUCCAACUGCAGUAGAAUCUCCAACGAGAGCAUGAUCAGCUUGGCAGAGGCUUGCAGGUAUAUCAAAAGACUUAAACUAAACGAGUGUGGCCAACUCACCGACGAUGCCAUACUCGCCUUUGCUCAACAUUGUCCCAACAUCCUCGAGAUCGAUCUGCAACAUUGCAAGUUGAUUGGCAACGCGCCCGUCACAGCUCUCCUCGCAAAGGGGCAGUCCCUCCGAGAACUUCGUCUCGCAAGCUGCGACCUCAUCGACGAUAGCGCCUUCCUCUCGCUCCCACCAACCCAGACCUAUGAGCACCUCCGUAUCCUCGAUCUGACUUCCUGCGCCCGCCUCACCGACCGUGCCGUCGAGAAAAUCAUCAACGUGGCUCCCCGGCUGCGUAAUCUCGUUCUGGCAAAGUGCCGCAACAUCACAGAUAUUGCCGUCUAUGCCAUCUCCCAGCUCGGGAAGAAUUUACACUAUGUACACCUCGGGCACUGUAUUCAAAUCACAGACGAGGCCGUCAAGAGGCUCGUUCACUGCUACGACUCUGUCACGAAGCUGGCCACGCUGCCAAAACUCAAGAGGAUCGGUUUGGUCAAAUGCAGUAAUAUCACAGACGAGUCCGUCUAUGCGCUCGCAAAGGCGAACCAGCGCUACAGACACCGGAGAGACGCAGAGGGCAAUGUUGUUGGAGAUCCGUACCCGAGCCACAGCAGUCUUGAGCGAGUGCAUCUUAGCUACUGUACAAGUCUUACUUUGCGAAGCAUCAUCAAACUUCUGAACUCCUGCCCCCGCCUAACGCAUCUCAGUUUGACCGGCGUCCAAGCAUUCUUGCGACAGGAUCUUGAGGCUUUCUGUCGCGAUGCCCCAGCCGAAUUCACCGACCAUCAGCGAAACGUGUUUUGUGUCUUUUCCGGACAGGGUGUCAUCGGCCUCCGUCGAUAUUUGAACAGCGAGGCUACAUUUGCUGAUAUGCGGGAUCGGACGCCUUCGGGCUAUCCACGCCAUCCCAAUGCUAUUCCCGUGGUCAAUGGGGGUGGGAUUGGAAAUGGCGGGCUCGCCCUGCCUGACAUCGGGUUUGACGAUCAGGAGCCUGACGUUGUGGAUGAUGACGAUGGGCUCGACGAUGGCAGCGAGAUGGUUAUCGAUGUUCAGCCGCUGCCCGCACCACAAGCUGCUACUCCUGGCAUAGGCGCCAACCUGAGUCGACGAUACACGGAAAUUCUCCCUCCCAACUAG